AUGUCUCAAUCGCAGUCCGAACUCGUGAACGACGCCAGGCUACCCACUAAACUCGAGCCCGAACGUACCACCCACACCUUUCUCGAAACGAGCCACAUCGCAGGUCUUGCAGGCCGCCGAGCUCGGCGCCGAGAGCGUGAAGAAGUAUGGCAGCGACAAAGAGCUCUUGAAAUCGACACAUUCAGCACCCUAUGGCUGGAGAAAUGCGUGUCCGAUAGCAAAGGCAACCUGCGGGCUGUCAGAGAGGUGCGCAGGGUCGCUCCAAACUCCUUGCUCAUCGACUAUACUCGUGAGCUAGAAGCAAUUACCAAGCUUUCGCAGCAGAAGUAUGAUGGUUGUUUUGUGAAAUCAUCCGGGUGGUUCGAAAACGACGAGUCGCUUUUUAUCACAAUGGAAUACCUUCCGGCUGGAGAUCUUCAAAGAUACGUCGUUCAGCCUUUUUCGGAACCAGAGGCUCAGAGUAUCGCACUCCAGUUGCUGGAGGGCCUGGAUUUCAUGCAUAACAAUGGAUUUUCACAUGGGGACCUCAAGCCGAAGAACAUUUUCGUACUUUCAGCAGGGCCUGACUGGUGGGUCAAAAUUGGUGACUUUGGCAUCAGCAAACAGGUUAUGGAAGGCUUAACUGGUCUUCAAUCAUUUAAUGGCACGCCAGCUUUUACUGCCCCAGAAGUCUACCAGCAGACAUGGCAGUCUUGUGAAACAAAUCAGGAGAUCAUCAACACAGCCUUCGCCCCAGAGAUAGACCUAUGGUCCCUCGGUGUGAUCAGCUACUAUCUGCUCACCGGAAAACUACCCUUUGUCCAUCAAAAAGACCUACUUGCAUACCAGAAAAAUGAAAUAGAGCUACCAUUAGGACCCAUAGGGCAACUUCUAGCUAGUUCGGAAGCUUUAUUGUUCAUGAGGGCUAUGCUCGCCGCAAAUCCUUCUAGUCGUUUACCGGCUCGAGAUGCGUUAGAUCAUCCCUGGUUGAUUCCUUUGCAACAAGAUUCGGAGCCAGAAUAUGAAGCGGAGAGUCGAGAGUCUACUCAUACUACUCACGCAGAGGAGAUCAACCUAUCUACAGCACAGGUGCAAACUCCAGAAAUGCUAACCCAAAAACCCCGAGACGUCCUACUCCCAGGGACAAUCGGCUUGACAACAUCCCAACAGAACAGACCUGUCGAAGACAACCCCCCCGCAACUCCCAUUACCCUUCUCCCAGAAAAGCACGCAUUCCAGUACGAGAGCUACGGAACGGCUGUCGAAAAGAUUUCGUCGUGCUUCAAAGGAUAUGGUGCCCAAGCGAAGUCGUCGUUCUCAGGAUUCGGCCUCUACAAGAGAUUCUGCACUUCCGAUGUCUCCGACUUCGGCAAGUGCGACUUCGGGAAAGAAGAGCAAAUCUCAUAUUGUGGAAAUUCCUGGUCGUCCCCAGUUUGCGGAGGGUUUGCCGAUGUUUCCUAUGCGGUCGAAGAAGGCGUAGGGUAG